AUGCUGGACAAGCUGCAGGCCCUGCACGUCUCCGACGACCCCAGCGUGCCGUGGGGCUACGCCUCCACAUUCGAUGCUUACGGCCCCGACAACGACGCGCGCAAAUCCUCGACCUGGGUGUCGUUGACCUUGCACCAGUGCGUGAGCUGCACCGACAAGUUCUUCUUCGAGGUGACGUGUAUGGCGUGCAAGGGACUGUCCCGAGGAUGCGUCGGUGAAUCAGGUCCUUGCCAUGGCGGCGGAGAACAACUGGCAGAGGUGCUACUCGUGCUGGAGGAUGGGGGAACGGGAUUAUGGCUCUGUCAAUGUGGAGCAGAGUUCUGCUACGUAUGCGGACUUCGCUCGAGGACGUGCAUUUGCGACCAGUGGAACGAGCCGCAGCUCUACGCCAGGGGAGCGGAACUGCAUGAGCAGCAGUGGGGUCCAAACGUGGACGAAGGGCAGAGGGACCGCCUGAUCAGGCGGGAGAUGGAGAACAUCCUCGAGACCCGCGACUGUAACCACGAGUCGUGGCUAUAUCGCCGCGGCAGCAGGCAAUGCGACGAGUGCCGCGAGGACCUGCCGGACCGUCUGUCUCUACCGGGGUCUGCAGUGCCGGUUCCGGGUCUGCAGACGCUGCAGAUAUAA